AUGGCUUCUGCACUGAUGGCUCGGGUUUGGAUCGUCCUCUUCAUCCUAGCCCAGUUUAACUACGCGGAGAGCCUCCGGCGCGCGCCUGGACUUCCGGCCGACAUGGGCGAGUUUCACGGCGGCGGCGAGAAGCCGCUCAAGAUUUUUUCAACACCAAAGGACCAGCCCUGCCCCGACGACAACGACGGCCGCCCCGUCGACGACAACGACGGCCGCCCCGACCACCACGACGGCCGCCCCGACGACCACCACCACGGCCACCACCACGGCCGUCCCGACCACAACGACGGCCGCCCCGACGACAACGACGGCCGCCCCGUCGACCACCACGGCCGCCCCGACGACCACCACGGCCACCACCACGGCCGCCCCGACCACAACGACGGCUGCCCUGACCACUACUGCCCCGACAACGACGGCCGCCCCGACCACAACGACGGCCGCCCCGACCACAACGACGGCCGCCCCGUCGACGACCACGGCCGCCCCGUCGACCACCACCACCACCACCACCGCCCCGUCGGCCACCACCACGGCCGCCCCGACCACAACGACGGCUGCCCUGACCACUACUGCCCCGACAACGACCACUACGGCCGCCCCGACCACAACAACAGCUGCCCCGACGACAACGGCGGCCGCCCCGUCGACGACAACGACGGCUGCCCCGUCGACCACCACGGCCGCCCCGACGACAACGACGGCUGCCCUGACGACAACGACGGCUGCCCUGACCACUACUGCCCCGACAACAACCACUACGGCCGCCCCGACAACAACCACUACGGCCGCCCCGACCACAACAACGGCUGCCCCGACCACAACAACGGCCGCCCCGACCUCAACGGCGGCCGCCCCGACCACAACGGCGGCCGCCCCGACCACAACGGCGGCCGCCCCGACGACAACGGCGGCCGCCCCGACGACGACCACGACCGCCCCGUCGACGACCACGGCCGCCCCGACGACCACCACGGCCGCCCCGACGACCACCACGGCCGCCCCGACGACCACCAUGGCCACCACCACGGCCGCCCCGACCACAACGACGGCUGCCCUUACCACUACUGCCCCGACAACGACCACUACGGCCGCCCCGACCACAACGACAGCUGCCCCGACGACAACUGCCCCGACAACGACCACUACGGCCGCCCCGACCACUACGGCCGCCCCGACCACAACGACAGCUGCCCCGACCACAACGACAGCCACCCCGUCGGCGACAACGACGGCCACCCCGUCGACGACAACGACGGCCGCCCCGUCGCCCACCACGGCCGCCCCGUCGACGACAACGACGGCUGCCCUGACCACUACUGCCCCGACAACAACCACUACGGCCGCCCCGACCACAACAACGGCCGCCCCGACCACAACAACGGCUGCCCCGACCACAACAACGGCUGCCCCGACGACAACGAAGGCCGCCCCGACCACAACGACAGCUGCCCCGACGACAACGACAGUCGCCCCGUCGACGACAACGACGGCCACCCCGUCGCCCACCACGGCCGCCCCGACGACAACGACGGCUGCCCUGACCACUACUGCCCCGACAACAACCACUACGGCCGCCCCGACCACAACAACGGCUGCCCCGACGACAACGACGGCUGCCCCGACGACAACGACGGCCGCCCCGUCGACGACAACGACGGCCUCCCUGUCGACCACUACGGCCGCCCCGACGACAACGACGGCCGCCCCGACUGCCUCCACCACGACCGCACUCUGGGGAAGCGGGCGGAGGGGGGGGGGGCACUGUACGAGGAUGGAUACGGAGCAGAUGGGCUGGGGGGGGGGGGUUACCUCAACCCCAUGGUCAACAAUAAGCCGUGGCCACAUUGCAUCAAGCACAAGUGGCUGAGACAAUCUUAG